UACACACAAUGUAUUAUUAAUUAUUAUUUAUCAUUACAGUAUUUUUAUUACAUUAUGAAAAUGGCAACACUCUUCCAAGAUCUCACUUUCGUAGCUUGUAUCACUUUGAAUAAGCCUGUUAUAAGACAAAGCUCCUAUGUUUCAUCAAGGAGUAUCAGAUGUGAAACAGCAUAAAGGUAUUUAAGAAGCCAACUCAAAGUGUUCCUCCUACACAAGCAUUCAGGUCUUGAGCAGUCCAGGCAAACAACGCAUGUUACAACAAAGCUCAAAUUAGUUCUUCAUAAUAAUUUUAAAAACAAUACUAGCUGCUUAUUUAUUUUAAAAACAGAAAAAAAAAAUCCACCUCCCUUUCCAUUUCUUAUAAGGAGUUUUGAAGUUUAAAUCUCCUCAGUGUGAUAGAUAUGCUUGCUUUGAUCUGCUUAGCUCUUGGAAGUCUAGAGGCUCCGGGCUGCUUGCCCGGUGCUGCCUGGGGUUCCUAUGGACAGCUCUGUCCGCCAUUAGGGAAUUUUUUCCCAAGACCCCUCAGGGGUUCACAAACCCCAGUUUGGGAACCAAUGCAAUAAGUAAUUAUAGGACAUCACAAAGGGUUAUAUUAAUGUUUAAAUCUGAAAUUACAGCAGUAGCAGGGCCCCAAAACGGCGCUCCUUCGAUUGUGGAAAAAAUUAAUACCAGGAUUUCACACACAUGCUAGCUCUCCGGGAGUGGGCAUUGUACACUCAUUGGCCCCUUAAGCAACAUUCCUUUUUCAUCAGUGACAUUACAUGGGUGUGUUCCCUGUGGCUCUGAAAUGUAUUAUAAUAACGAGAUAAAUUUCCUCCCCUAAUCUCAAACUUUGGGUGUUCCUUGUUUUGGGAAGUGCUUUAAAUCUAUCUGCCAGAGGCGUGGGCUGCUAAAGCCAGAGACCGACUGCCACAAUGCUGAGCUCUGGGCUUCCUCCCCUUCUCCUAUUGCUCACAGCUGUGGAGCUGAGCUGGUCCCUUACAGAUGAUGAACAGAGGUUGAUCGUGGCGAUGCACAACCACUACCGCUCCCAGGUCUCCCCUCGUGCUGCAGACAUGCUGAAAAUGAGCUGGGCCCCCGACCUGGAAGCCUUUGCCAAAGCCUAUGCAGCGAAGUGCAUCUGGGGCCACAACAAGGAGCGGGGCCGGCGGGGUGAGAACCUCUUUGCCAUUAGCGACGAGAUGGACGUGGAGGUGGCCUUGGAGCAGUGGUACAACGAGCAUGAGCAUUACAACCUGACCACGUCCAAGUGCACCGUCGGACAGAUGUGUGGCCACUACACCCAGGUGGUCUGGGCAAACAGUGAACGCGUUGGCUGUGGGAUGCAAUUCUGUAAAACCCUGCAUGGUGUCGAGGAACCUGACCUCUACCUGCUGGUCUGCAACUACGAUCCCCCCGGCAACGUGAGGGGUCGCAAGCCGUACAAGGAAGGACCUCCAUGCUCCAAGUGCCCCGAGGGCUAUACGUGUAGGAAUUCAAUCUGUGCAGAACCCAGUAUAGACUCAGAAGAGGCCUUUCCAUCCUCUAGGACAACAAGGCCAAACCUCACCACUAGGCCAGCUCUCGCAACAGCCACCACUACCACAAACCCGACCACUACCACUACGAUAAGGCCAGCACCCACCACCGUGAAAAAAAGGCUGACACCCACCACUACGAGGCCUGCACCCACUACCACAAGCGCACCCACCACCACUACUUUAGGGCCAGCCCCCACCACCGCCACAACAAGGCCGAACCCCACCACGACCACAAGGCCACCACCCACCACCACCACAAGCCCGUCACCCACCCAAACAGCAAGGCCCAACCCCACUACGGCCACUGGGCCAACAUCCUCCUUAGAGCCCACCUCAGACCUAAACCUUAAAACAUCUCCAGAAAUGCAAGUGGACUCGGAGGAGACUGGUGCCCCAUUGGUGACCACGGAGGCUGUGCUCUUUCUAGACCCGGAGUCGACCCUCAGCCCGACUGCCUCCCCAGAAAUGGAGGGAGACUUGAAGGAGUACGAUGCAGCCUCUGUGAGAGCUGAGGCAGCCCUCUCCUCAGAGCCACCUCCAUCCUUCAGCCUUACAACUCCAGAAACCGAUCUAAGCUUGGAAGAUACCAAGCAGCCCCCACCUGCCCUAAAGCCAGCACCUGCCACUGCUAAGGUGAUCUCCCUCCUGCACUUAUUACCACCUUCCAAGGCCGCAGCGGGGCACCGCCUUGCUGUCCAGUCCUCCCUGUCAGGUGCCAGAGAGACGGAAGAGCUGAUGACGGGCCCCACAAAGAAAGACUUGGACCAGCAAAAUGGUUCAGCCACCAGCAACCUUCUGGAGUUCUCUCUCUUCCUAGUGGCCGCUCCCCUGCUGACAGGCCUUCUGCUCUGAAGGGUCUGCCUCGACCCUCUGUGCUCUUAUCCUCAAACUCUCCUCCAGUACUGAUUGUCCCGCUGCCUUGCUGGGCGUGGGGCAUAUCAAUCAGGUGAAGGACCUCCUACUGGGCCUUCUUGCCACUGGCUACGUCCACUCCAAUCCAGUUAUACUCAGCAGUGCCUGGCAAACCACACUGGCCAUUCUGUUACGCUAGUACUGCUGAGACCCCAUAUCCCUGGUUACCAAUAAAAGGGGGGUAAGCUAAAUUUUAAGUGUCCAGCUCAUCUGUCAAAGGGGCAGGAGCAGCUGGGCGAAGAGAGGGGAAAUUCCUUGGUCCCUCUUCCUCCCCGAGCUCUAACUCUAACCUGAAGUUCCAUAAUUCCUACUCCAGUCUGAGUCAGAGAUGGGACUCCUUAAUACUGAAGAUCCUGGAUCCCCACCAGUCUGGAGGCCCUCCCCCUAACCGGAACCAAUGAAUGAUCUACUGUCUUUGUGGGACUGUAAGGUCCUUCCCCACAAAUCCUAUAUGAAAGGCAGUGCAGAGACAUGGAUGGUACAACCCUAUCUAAACUCCUCGCUUCCUCCACCAAAUGUGUCUACAGUGCACAUGCCCCUUCAGGAGAGCCAGGAAUUGAACCCUGCUCAUCAGUUUUGCUCGGUCCAUUGCAUGCAUCCCAUUCCAGAGUUAUUCCAUGUGGCAUGGUUCUUAUUUUUUUGUGCACGGGAAAAAAUAUUUCUGCACUAGAGAGGAGGCGGUGGCUCAUUAUAAAACUCCUGUUGGCAUCCUCUAUAUUGUGUCAUGACUUUAGACUAGCUUCUCUUGAGUACCUGAAGCGUACGACGUAUUUCAAGUUAGAUACAGAUCUUGGCCUAUGGUGUAUGUAUCUUAUACACACAGUGGAACCUGAUCCAGCAAAAAUCAGGUGGCGUGGUGGAGUUCAAAGCAAAUUCUGCUAGGGGUUAUCCACUGGAAGCACGACUUACCAUAGAGCAGCUUUCACUGUAUGUGGCAUUCAUGUUUGUUUCCCCUCUGCGUGUCUGCUCCAUGUAUCUUACGUUUCCAAGAAAGGUGUAUUAACUACACGACAAGCCUCAGGUGGUCCAGUUAAGAUCCAGUGGAAGGUGCCACUUGAUAUGAACCUUUUAGCAACCAUAGCGUCCCUUGGUUUUGCUACCUGAUGAGGUGGGGACUGACGUGAAUCCCGUAGCCCCUUAGCUACGAGGGACACUGUUUCCAAUACCCCAUGAGGUCCUGCUCCCAAUAAACAGUGUUCUGAAACCAU